AUGCUGCAAUUAGUUCUUAUAGCCAUAGUAAUAGUACUCUUCUAUUACUAUGCAAUCAGACCAAUGAAUUACUGGAAAAAACGGGGAGUGAUACAAGGUAGACCCAUAUGGCUCUUUGGUGAUAACUGGAAGGCCUUAUUCAGGCUGGAAACAUUUGGACAACCAUACCAUACAGCGUAUAAUCUAGACCCAGAUGCUAGGUAUGUUGGAUUUUACCAGUUCACUGUUCCAACCCUGAUGAUAAAAGACCCGAAACUGUUAAAAGAAAUCACUGUAAAAGACAGCGAAUACUUCACCAAUCACCGAGCAAUUGUUCCAGACGAAGGUGAUCCAUUAUGGACAAAAAAUCUACUGGCCUUAAAAGACCAAAAAUGGAAGGACAUGAGACACAUCUUGACCCCGUCUUUCACCAGCAGCAAAAUGAAAAUGAUGUUCACUUUGAUGGUAGAAUGUGCCGAAAAUUUCGUUAUGCAUUUCCACAAAAAGGGCCAGGAUGUUUUUGAUGUGUCGAUAAAAGAUGUAACCACCCGUUUUGCUAACGACGUCGUUGCGUCAACUGCUUUUGGUAUUCGAACGGACUCACUUGAGGAACAAAAUAACGAGUUUUAUUUGAUGGGUAGAGACAUGACAGAUUUUACGUCGUUGAGGAAAGGAUUAAAGUUUUUUGGCUUUUUUAUAAUGCCCAAAAUACUUCAGUUUUUUAAUGUUCAACUCUUUGAUGGCCCCUCAAGAAAUUUCUUCAUAGAUCUAAUUGACAAGAAUUUGAAGCUACGAGAAGACCAAAACAUCGUUCGCCCAGAUAUGCUGCAGCUGCUUAUCGAAGCUAAGAAAAGCAUUCACCAAAACGAAAAACUAAAUGCCAACCAUUCUGCAUCUACGAAAGAAAUCACCAACAUAGAAAUUACUGCGCACGCUUUGAUCUUCUUCUUUGCUGGCUUCGACUCGGUAUCCAGUUUGAUGUGUUUUAUGUCUUAUGAGCUAGCCCUCAAUCCGGAUAUCCAGGCAAGACUGAGAAAGGAAAUUGACGAUGGUUUCAAGAAAUGUAAUGGAAGGAUGACCUACGAAACUCUAAUGGGAAUGAAAUAUCUUGAUAUGGUGAUAUCAGAAUCUUUAAGAAAGUGGCCCAAUUUCCAAGCUACUGAUAGAGAAUGUAACAAGAGAUAUAUCAUCCAACCCGAAGGUCCCAACGAAAAACCGAUUGUGAUAGAAAAAGGUGAUCUAGUCUCCUUACCCAUUGCGCCGAUGCACUAUGACCCAAAGUACUUUCCUGAUCCAGAACGUUUUGAUCCAGAAAGAUUCAGCGACGAAAACAAAGACAACAUCGAACCAUAUACAUAUCUACCGUUCGGGUUAGGACCGAGGAACUGUAUAGGAUCCAGAUUUGCAAUUUUAGAGACAAAAACGUUGUUUGCGCAUUUAUUACACAGUUUUCAGAUUGUUCCUAACGAGAAGACUAAAAUACCCGUGGAGUUGUCAAAGAAAACCAUCAAUCUAUUCCCAGUGGAUGGUAUGCAAUUAUCUUACCGGAGACUUAAGAAAUAG